AUGACGGUGAUCAAGGGAUUGAAGCCUGACGACAUCAAGAAGUAUGUUGAUGCUGUGGUUGCCACAUUGGCUCAGGGAAGGACUCUGGCUGAAGUAACGGCAAAGCACGCGUCACCUGCCGCCACCAUGGGAAUCGACAUCAUUGCAGGUGGGCGCAUCAAGAACAAGGUGCGCACGGCGAAAACCGACAACCCCUACGUUCUCCUGUUGUGCAAGCUCUACAAGUUCCUCGCUCGCCGGACCGAAUCCAAGUUCAACAAGGUGAUUUGCAAGAGGCUCAACAUGUCCGGCCGCAACCGCCCACCCUUGUCCAUGUCGAAGCUCGCAAAACAAAUGGCCAACAAGGAGGGCAAGACCGCAGUUGUUGUGGGCACAGUCACGGACGACAAGCGCUUGUAUGAUGUCCCUACCAUGUCGGUCUGCGCCCUGCGCUUCACGGAGACUGCCCGUGCCCGAAUCACCAAGGCGGGAGGUGAGUGCAUCACUUUCGACCAGCUGGCCAUGCGCUCCCCGCUGGGCAAGGGCACUGUGCUGCUGCGUGGCCCAGUGAAGGGUCGCGAGGCCGAGCGUCACUUCGGCAAAGCGCCAGGUGUGCCGAACAGCAAGACUGCGCCGUAUGUUCGGUCCAAGGGGCGCAAGUUCGAGAAGAGCCGCGGCCGCAGGAAGUCCCGUGGCUUCAAGGUCUAA